CGGUCGGAAGGGUUGUAGAGGGAAAUAGAAAAAUAUUUCAGCCUGUAUCCGAGGAAGGCGCCCCGCUAAGGAGUAAGCUUUACGGCCGCUACAAUGGCCCAAGAAAACAUUUUUCUAUUCGUUCCGAAUUUGAUAGGCUAUGCGCGUAUUGUGUUGGCGCUUUUGGCAUUUUACCUUAUGCCAUCCUGCCCCACACCAGCCAUCAUCUGUUACCUCCUCAGCGCCCUUCUGGACGCGUUCGAUGGGCAUGCGGCCCGAGCCCUCAAUCAAGGUACAAAGUUUGGUGCCAUGCUGGAUAUGCUGACUGAUAGAUGUGCCACCAUGUGUCUGCUGGUCAAUCUAGCACUGCUUUACCCAUCCUACACCUUCCUGUUUCAGCUCAGCAUGAGUCUGGAUGUGGCUAGCCACUGGUUGCACCUGCACAGUUCCAUCAUGAAGGGAGCGUCUAGUCACAAGACCAUUGAUCUCUCUGGCAACCCUAUUCUCAGACUCUACUAUACCUCCAGGCCGGUACUGUUUUUCAUGUGUAUGGGGAACGAGCUGUUCUUCUGCCUUCUGUAUGUGAUGUACCACAUUGAAGAACCACAUGUGUGGUUACAAUGGCUGCUUGCAGUGUGUGGCGUGGUCUGUCUGCUCAAGUCUGGCAUCAGCGCACUCCAUCUUAUCGUAGCAUCCCGCAACAUGGCAGCUAUUGACGUGGCUGAACGGGAGAAAGAGAGGAGCAAAACACAGUGAGGAGAAUGUUGAGAGAAAAAAGGGUGUGAUGGGAGGAAGAGAGAGAGAGAGAGAGAGAAAGAGAAACGGCCAGAAAGAAGCAUGUAGAAGCAGUGAAAUAAAAGAGUGGAGGAGGAAGAGGAGGACGGAUGAAGGCCAGAUGAAUAUAUAGAUGAAUAUGGGUAAAAGGUGAAAAACUGCGGGACCUUUUAAAAGCCAUUCUUAUGAUUGCUAUUGUAUUUAGUCAUAGAUGGAUAGAGCUUAAUAUAUCUGAGAAAAUGAACUUUUUGCUCCUGUUAUUUUCGGUGGAAUUCCUUUGAUGCUGGUUUAUUUCUGUAUCUUAUAUUUUUAUCAGUUGUGAUGUUUUAUAGUUGCACUAGAAGUGUGCGUUAUCAGUAAGUUAUGCUGAUGUAUCACAAGUUGUGAUUUUAAUCAUUCUCUAAGUGCUGUUUUUUUUGUUGUUGUUUGUUUGUUUAUUUGAUUUCUAAAUAAUUAUGGAGGAUGAGGAAAUGAUUCUAUAUAAAUAUAUGUA